CCUCAUGAUAGUUCCAGACUAUCGAUAGUACCACUGACAGCAACAGCUGGUUUUUAUCAUAUCUAUUUGUUUACAUUUUUUGAUUUUGUUGGAGAAAAAAAUGUCGCAAGCAGAUUUUAAACAUAGUUUACGGAAGCUGGAUUUUCCGGCUUGCGCCAAGGAAGCCCUUCCCCGUAUAGAAAGCAUCGUCGUGAGCCGCAGCAAACAGAACUUUGCCAUUCAACUUAUCUCCGAGUUUGUAUUUAUGGAGCGGCCCAAAGACGCCCUAGACAUCCGCAAAGGUCAACCAUUCUCCAGCGUCCAAAUGAACUCAUUUCAAGAGUUUCAACUCAUACUCGUUCUUAUUGAGUUUUUUUCGCAGCCUGGGCCAGAUGCUACAAGAAACGUAGUAUUUCUAUCACUGUUUGGUAGUAAUCUUACACCGCAAAGAUCCAAAAUACUCUGCCGAUUGGUAAGCACUGCUGUUUCAGGUUCGGUUGCACCUCUACUCUCAUCAGCAGGAACAUGGAUGCAACAAGUCGGUUGCACGAAUCAACCAAGUUUGGAAGUAGCACAGAGUUUAGUUAGUGAUUUUAUAACAUUUUCACGCAAAACCUCUGAGAAAUUUAAGCAGCUUCCUAUGGUUGCCCCACAUUUCGCAGCUAAUCUAAUGACUGCCGUGGCAGAUUUAUAUAUGAAUGAGCAAUUAGGCGCAAUUACGCCACCACCAGAUGCGUUAUUAGAUGUUUUCACGGAAUGGAUAAGUGAAAAUUCAUCCUUGUGUCUGGCAUCUCAACAGCCUUUAGCAUUGCCAAGUGGUGCUAUUGCCAUGCCUGUUGUUACACCUUUGGCUGGGCUUAUACGUUGGUCGGUUCUAGCACCCUUAUUCUCGAAUCGUUCCUCUUACAGUAAUUUACAUCUGUGGCUGUUGCAAACGAUGUUGCAGAUAGUCAACACUGGUCCACCUACAGCAUUGAAUGCCCAACAUUUAGCACAAACUGUAGGACCAUUGAAAAAUUAUGUAUCUCGUUUGCUGGCUGAUAAAACAGAUCCUACAAAAGACGUAGCCUAUCAAAAAAGUAUGGAGCGACUUGCGCAAGCUGUGCAGGUAGCCAAAUCAGCCAAUUGUAUGUACGGAAAUAUACCGCAAUUAUUGUGUAUACUUGAAACGUUGCCGCCUCAUUCGCUUAUGUCAAUGGUAAUAAAAUCAAACAAACCCGUCUGA